AACAUCAACGCUCACAGACAUCAAGACGACAGCGAAAUUCUCGUAUCCGUUGACGCUAUCCUCCCCGGUAAUGGUCUUCUACCGACCAUACUCGGCGCCUUUCGACAGCAAGAUCCGCACAAGCCAGACGAUGUCAUUGACUUUGUGCUAAAAUUAAUCGCUCAUCGUGUCGCAGCCACAGCUGAGGACGUCGUUAACACAUACGGUCACCUGCCCCUGGAUCUGUUAUCCAACCAAGACUGGACUGAGCUAUCGUCUCUUGUCGUCAACACCAUCACCACCCAUCAUCUCGAGGUCUCUCCGUCCACUGAAGCGCCGACUUGGCUCGUCAAAGCGCUCGCGCUCGUCUUGUCUCCAAGCGGCCACGAGCUCCCUCCGCGUCGCCACGCCACUGUUUACCGGUGCGUCCUAGAGGAACACGAUCCAAAUCACGCCAUACUACAGAACGUGGUUUCGCCCGCGGUCACCCGAUCAGGUGCCGACAUCACGACCACCAUGGAGCUCAUUUUCACCCUCAUCGGUCUCGCCCUUUCGAACCGUGGCCACCCCAUUCCAGCUGCUCACGAGCCCAAACUCCUAGACCUCGACGUUCUGCAGGACCGAACAACCUAUCAGCCUCUGUCGAACAUCAUGGAGGCGGCGAUGAAGGCGUUAAAGCAGCACGAUAAAAUACGGACUGCCCGCCGUGCGCAGGAGCUCACUUUUAUCAACAAUCUGCCCUACGGUUCUGCUCCUACGACCGAGGAUAUCUCCGUUGCAAAUGCCAUCCUCAUCCUGUUCUCCGGAUCGUCUCGAGCUGUACCACGGGACGUGAGGGAUUUCAUGUGCGGCUAUGAAAUCGGCAGCCGACCUCUCUCUGUGAUCUUGGACGCUCUAUCUACUGCCAUGCUCGCUCCCAAUAACACCGAGAAUGGAUCAGCAGCACUCUCCGCGGCAUUCGGGCACCCUUCGUACAGAGUACGCGCAGUGCUCCGCUUCCUCUCGUUGUACUUCAAGCCGGGCGGCCUGAGCCUACCCCUCGAAUCCAUGCCAA